UUCAUUAGUCAUUUUUACACAAAAGCAAAAGAAAAACGGUGCAAGUGAUUAUUCAGCAAAUUUAUUGCAGUAUUUCGAUUUAAUUAAGGCAAAAUACAAAAGUUUCUAUUUAAAUUAUUACAACAAUAGUGCGUUGGCAGCUGCCCAAUUAGGGAGACUACAAGACAAUACGCGAUUUUAUGUGUGUUAUUUGUGACGCACGAAAAUCGAUUGCGUACAAGGCGAAAACACCACACAGAAGUGCAAGUGCAACAAUAACAACGAGAAGCAGACAAUUGACGACGUAAUUAAACAGAAUUCCAACAAUCCCACAAAUAAUUAACAAGCAGCUGAGUUGUCGUUUGGUCAAAGAGAUGGGCAUAUUUGGGCAAUCCUCGCCUUUCGACGCCGAUGUGGAAAAGGCCACCAGCGAGACGAAUACGAAUGAUAAUUGGUCUUUUAUAAUGGAUGUAUGUGACAAAGUGACGACCAAUCCGCGCUUAGCUAAGGACUGUCUGAAGGCGGUGAUGCGAAGGUUGGGACAUCCUGAUCCUCAUGUCGGUAUGCAGGCUAUUACCUUGCUGGAUGCGUGUGCCAAUAACUGCGGCAAGCCGUUCCAUUUGGAGAUUGCAUCGCGUGACUUUGAAACCGAGUUCAAGCGCCUGUUGGAUAAAGCGCAGCCGAAAGUUUCAUUGAAAAUGCGUCAGGUCCUAAAGAAUUGGGCUGAAAAUGAUUUCAAGAAUGAUCCUGAACUGAAUCUGAUUCCAACUCUGUAUCUUAACCUGCGCCACAAUGGCUACGAUUUCAAUAAUUUAAAUGAUAAGAGUAGCGCUAAGUCAGCAGCAGCUAAAGCGGCAGCUGCAACUUUGGCCAAAGAUCCGAAUGUAGUCAGCAGCCAGCAGGAGGAGGAUGAUAUAGCCAAAGCUAUAGAGCUGUCGCUCAAGGAAAACAAAAGCAGCCCCAAACAGCAGCAGCCAAGUGGUGCCGCUGCUGCUUCAACGACCAGCAGUGCCUAUCCUUCACUAUAUCCCUCAUUUGGGAGCAGCACAGCCAACACACAAAGCAAUGGAAAUGGAAAUUCUAGCAGUAGCAAUGCGGCUGCUGCUUCAUCGCGUACUGUGCGAGCUUUGUACGACUUUGAGGCGGCCGAGGAGAACGAGCUGACCUUUUUCUCGGGCGAAAUCAUACAUGUGCUGGACGAUAGUGAUGCCAAUUGGUGGAAGGGUUACAAUGAUCGCGGGGAGGGUCUAUUUCCUUCCAAUUUCGUCACUGCCGAUUUGUCUGUAGAUCCCGAACGCUUGGACAUAAAUCAACAACACAAGAAUAAUGCCCAGAAACAGGCAGCAGCUGAGGAGGAGGAGGCGCUGUUGCAACAAAAGACUGAAGCGGCUGCCGCACAGCCCGUAGAAAUUGAUGAGGCCAAAAUAGAUCGUUUGCUGCACUUGUUGCACGAGGCCAAUCCUGAGGAUCCCUCGCAAGACAGCGAAGAAAUGUUGCGCUUGGAGCAGCAGGUUCACCAGAUGGGUCCUCUAAUCGAUGCUGAAUUAGAGCGUGUCGAUCGCAAGCACGCACAGCUGACACAGCUCUCAAGUGAUCUGGUGGAUGCUAUCAAUCUGUACCAUUCACUCAUGCGUGAUGAUCGUGCAGCUGCGGCUCAGUUUGGUGCUGCCGCCUUCAUGCCCGGGGCCUUUCCAGGCGCUGCACUGUAUGGUGCACCUGGUUAUCCAAGUGCUGCGGGCUUUCCACCAGGCCAAAACUAUCCGGGCAUGCACUCAUUGCCAUAUGCGCCACCACAGGGUAGCAAUGCAGUAACAGCUCCAACGGCAACAGCUGGUGCGGCUUAUCCAGGACAAGUACCCAUGCCAUACCAAAACGGACAUGCGCCCCAGUUGAACUCUCUGCCGCCUCAUCUAACCCAGUCACCAACAAUUGCCCCGCAGUCACAUCCCGCCCACCCUCAGCCAAUCUACAAUGUCCAGCCCACGCCAGUCACUACUCAGCAGCAACCGCAAUCGCAGCCACUUACGAAUUAUCACAUGGCCAUGCCUGUUGAGCAGCAGCAACAAAUGCCGCCUUCCUCGCUUCCACCACAAUUUGCAGGCGCUCCACCAACAGCUACACAAAUCCAACAGCCGCAUCCACCGCCACAUGCUUAUAUGUCGCCGCAACACCAACAGCAGCAGCAACAAGCUGUGCCGCCGCAGACAUAUGCAGCACAGCCGCCACAAUUCUAUACACCAAAUGGAGCUCCACCAGUUACCCAGAGCUACAUGGCGCCACCUCAACAGCAGCAACAGCAACAACAACCCCCACAACCCCAGCAGCAGCAGCAGCAGCAGCAGCAGCAACAACAACAACAUCAACCCCAGCAGCAACCACACAAUCACAACGAUCAUUUUAGUCAGCUACAUCAGCAAAUGGCCGCCAUGUCGAUGGCGCAUCUUGGUGGCAUGCCGCCAGCCGCAACGGGUGCGGCACCCGCAUAUCAUAUGCAAAACGAUGCCGUCAAGAAUAACAUUCCUAUCUAUCAGCAGCAGCGGUAAAACCGUUCAACCUGUUAGGCAGCAGCAGCAGAUUCUUUCACUUGAUUUUGCU